ACUCCAGAGUGGAUGAAAUCGAUCCCAAACCUGACAAUGGAUUGGAAGAUCUAGAUCCCAAAGUGGACGACAUUGACAAAUGGACCGACUGUAUCACUGGCGAUGGAUUGGAAGGAGCUAAGAGCCGUUUUGAUCAAGUAUAUAUCCUCAAGAGACAUUCUAUUUUUGAUGAAGCUAUUUUUGACGAAGCCAUACACUUCUUUGAAACUUUUCAGUAUUCAUCACCGUUUGAUGAACUGUACAAGGAGUCCGAAUGUACAGAUACCGGAACAGAUUGCCCAGGUACUGGACCUGACUAUUUUGAGGACACAUUAGCUAUUGACAUACCUUCCAAACGUCGAUGUAACACAAGUUGCAAGGUUUGUUUUGGUCAUGGUAUUUGGCCCUGCAAUGGGGAGCAACCAGACACUGGACCUCCACAAAGAAACAAGCAAGAGCACAAGACUUUGCCACUAGCUGAUACUAUGGUGUACAAGAACCCAAUCUCAGCAGUGAAGUCUCAUGAACGCAACUGGGAGCGACUACGUCAAUAUUUUGCGUGGUUACCUAAGCAUUCUUCUCACUGUACUACUACUGAUCUGGCUAGAUCUCCCAUGAACGCCCACCAUGAACACAAAUAUCGUCCUCUGUCUCCACUUCCAGAGCCAAUCAGUUGCUUGGUCGUCUUGGUAGGCAUCGCCAAGCAUGAUUGUCACGACAUGACCAACAUAUUUCUGUUUCUUGAAACAAACAACGUCUUGUUACCUUCUGACAUCUGCUCUGCUCUACCACCUAUCAGACUACACAAACGUCUUGUUCUACCUGAUGGGGAGGAGUUAGCGCUCCCUACAAUAACCAAAUCAAUUGAUCUAUCUGAUGGGGAGGAGUUGACACCCCCUCGAAAAAUCAAAUCUAGAGACCAUAAGUCCCUCAAGACCAUUGUUCAUUCUAGUGAUGCUGAAUCAGAGAUAGAGGACGUUCUUUUAGAAGAAAAGGACCUCAUUGGACGGACUUUCCUUCUCUCACCAGAUGAUGAAGGUUAUGAUCAACGUGCUAAGAUUGUUGAGCUUAAUUACAAGCACAAUUGCAACACGGACAUUCAGCCUGCACGCAUUCAACUAUGCUUGAACAUUGAUAAAGGCAAAUAUGUUAUGGCUUACCAUGAGAUCCACAAGUGGUCAGAAACUGACAAGGACAACCCCAUAGAUACAAAGCUGAAGCAAGUUGUAUGCCACCAUCACUACAUUCGACUUGAACAGCCUUCUUAUUACCUGGGUCUGACUUACAGUAUGACCAUUGGAUGGAAACAUGGGGAGAAUACCCCAGAACCACUGAACAUCACUGGAGCCAAUGAAUCAGUGACCUACGCUAUAUACUCAAGAAAUCAUAACCUACCAACCAGAAAAUCAAGGUUGUAA